AUGCCAACCCUACCCUCCGUGAACCACUACCGAGAAGAAUCUCUUCCUUCCCUUCCUCCUCAAUCCUACUCACGCACUAUCUCUCCCUUCGCCGACCCCCCAGCGACUGAUCCAGCUUCAACUUAUUCAAAUCCGCCAACUACCUUCUCGGGGUCAGUCGUCGGUUCUAUCUCCCGUCGCAACCGCCGCUCGUUUGCUGCUAUAGCACAGCGAACCUCCAGCGCUUUCGCCAGCCUCUCCACCAUCGGAACACCGACUAUAGGGACGACAACUCUACGAUCUUCGGCUUCUAAUAGCAACUCGACCCGCGAGCACUACCCCCUUGACCCCGCCAUUCUCCGACGAAGAUACCUACGAUCAAUUGUCGGGCCUUUCGCGAUCUGGUUCCCCGAAACCCAAACCAUUCAGAAACGACGCCUGACUCUCCAGCGCGUCCCGACUCCUCCUCUCGAAUCUCGCCCUGUGCAUCCGGGCCUUGCGCCAGCCGCGCCUCCCAAAAUGCAUCAAACUUCGUCCCGCCUAUUGCGAAUGACCGAGGAUGAAAGACCUUUCACCAAGGAUUUCAUGGACCUCUUCUCCACCUUAAUGGUGAGCUUGAAGUUGGACUCGCACCGUGUCCGCUUCACGAGAUAUGACCACACCUUUACUUCAGAAGAAGCGAUCAACAACCUCGGAUCUCUGAAGUUCUCCCAAUCGAACCGCAUGCCUGACCCCAAAGACCCCUCGCGCAUUGUCACCACCACCACUACCACCACUUUCUCCAUGGCCAAGGAAAUGGCACGUUCCGUCUGCCAGCGAUUUGUGGACGCUCGGUUCAUCGAAUCGGUUGAUGGCAAGGCCUUGCCUAUUUUCCCCCUCAAGGGCGCCCUCUUUCAGCUCACCCCCAAGGGUAUUAACAUCCUGCAGCGCUUUUGUCAACGGAACGGUAUUACCGCUCGUCACGUGAUGGAUGUGUUGGAGUCACCCCGCAACACCAUGCAAUUGGUAAACCUAGAACGCGACACCGAGUCCGAUAAGUUGUCGCACGACCGAGCCACUGUCGAAGUCAUCUUCCGCCGUUUCGCCGGCCAAGAUGGUCCCAACAUCAAGAGCAGCAUUUCCACAUCAGACUCCGACUCCUUGAGCGAUUAUUCGAACGGUAUUGUGGGUGUUAAGAUGGCUCGGGAGCGGAAGUUGCAGGAUGGCAAGCUCUACAGCAACACUUUCACCGGAAAGGGUGCCGUCGACUGGCUGAUGGAUUGCUCAACGACAAUCGAGCGUCGGGAGACUUGUUUGAUCGCGGAAUUGUUCCUCAAAUACGGCCUUAUUACGAUGAUUCAGGACGACAAGUCCUUCCCAGACUCGGAUGUCGUCUUCCAACCGUCAAAAUACGCUAUCUACUGCAUCACCGAGCGAGGCCAGCGUGUGUGUGGAUGGAUUGCCCGCGAAAAGGCUCAGAAUAACCCCACCACUUACGAUAGCCGUGGCAUGCCCCGCGAUUCCAACAACGCUCGCUUGACACAUAUCCUGGGUGACCCCGCUCUCCGUCUUCUUUUCCGCGAGUUCUUGCGCUACUCUCUGUGCGAAGAGAACCUGUCCUUCUACCUCGACGUUUCCGAGUUCACUGCCAACUACCACAAGUCCGAGAAGGCUGGUGCCUUCACCAAGGUUGACUCCGUUCGGGAAACUCUGGCAGCCGCCUAUGGCCUGUACAACGCGUUCUUAGCCCCCGGAUCCCCCCUUCUUGCCAGCCGUAUGACCAAGGCCGUGGGUGACGACGAGUCGAUGUUCAAGAGUCUUCAGGAAGUGGUGCAUUUGUUCGAGCUUGCUCAGACCUCAGUCUUCAAGCUGAUGUCCAGUGACUCCGUUCCUAAAUUCCUCCGCGAUCCUAAGUACUCGGUGGUCCUCCAAGAACACGAUGUGGACAUUUUCGGCGGGUCGCGCUCGUACUCACCGACACCCGGCGGUCCGGAACGCAGCAUGAGCCGCUCUGCACGCUCAUGA